AUGUCGGCCAUUAGGAGCCAAUUGAGCGCUAAUGAAGACCAGACCAACGAAGUGAUGGUACGUCAAGUGAAUCUCGCGGCCGCCUUUCACGACCACAUCUCGUGCACCAAAGCCUCCCAACAAUCGAUGAGUGCCGGCAUUUGUGCCGCCCUUCAGACCACGUCCUCGUCGUCGGACGGCUCACACCGUACGGCAAUCGGUCCGAUGGCCGCCGAACUCGUCACUGGUGUGGCCUUCGAGUCGUCCGUCGAGUCGGACCACAUGUACGCCACGGAUAACAAGAUGUUGAACAACGAUAGCGGCGGUGGCGGCGGCUCGUUGUCGGUGAUCGCCAACGGUCUGUCCGUACGGAUGGCGAGCGGUCUGUUAGGGGGCGGAGUGUCGGCCGAGAGGAACCAGAUCUCGAGACUGACGGAAAUGAUCCUGGGUCAAUUGGAUCUGAUUCAACACCAACAGGAACAGCUCCUCAAGAAGGACCGCCAGCUCCAGGGCCUCAAACAGGACAGGGAAGCACUUUGUAUGCGCUUAGAGAAGAUGGAGAAGAAGAUCGCCGACUUGAUGGCCAAAGUGGCCAAUAAUAACGCCGUCAACAAUAAUCUCGUGAAUAACGCGAACAGUAUUUCAGUGAAUGUCACGAAUAGUAACCGAAAUAACAGUCAAAUUAUCGCUAAUAAAAGUAAUACCAAUAAUACGGCGGAAACCGAUUGCGACCAAAGCUGUAGCGAUACUAUCGUCGAGAGUGAGGCCAAUAGUGUUGUCGGACUCUUCACAGACCCGACUUUGUUCACCAAACUGUACGCAAAGCCAUCGUCAGCGACGACCACAACGGCUGCGGCGGUGAUCACCUCCAGUACCACAAGUGUUAAUAAUAGUGUAAAUAACAGUCAAUUGAGUGCAAAACUGAACACAACUGUCAAUAAUUUAGUGAACGUUAAGAUAAAAUGUGAGCCACAAUUGAGCGGCGAAUCAAAUAAGAGUAUUACGAGCGCAGAGACGACCGCAACGACCACUACUACGACGACGUCUGUGACCACUGCGACGGCCUCUACGGCGUCGACGACGAAAACGACUGCCGCCAGCGCUAUGUCUUCGGUUCGCAAAAAUCGCAAAAGACAUUCGACUCCAGACGCGACACAACCGGCGGUCGCGACCGCAGACACAGCAGACGCUACGCCGCAGACCAUAACACCGGUCACCACCACUACCGCCAUCGCUAAGAAACGCAACAAAGCAUCCAUUAGUUCCGAUUCGCAGACAAAAAGCGACAAUAAAAAGGUUUUGACGAACAAUAAGGAGAGUUCUUGUGAUUCUUUGAGUACAACUAAAAGUAAUAAAACGUUAAACACAACCAAUAAUAGCCGCAAACGUGUGAUUAAACAACAAAAACCCAGUGAGAGCUCUUCGUCGGUCACCGGAACGCGUCCGGCGGUCGCCGUCGCCGACACCACUCCAGCGACGGCAACACCUAUUAGUUCGGCGGUCUUUCGGACACAUCCAGUGAUCAAAGACAUACUGACGACAACAAAGCCUUACUCUAUAGUCGUUAACAAUUCGUCGAUUGAAUUGUGUGUAAAUAACGAGUCGUUAGACAAUAAAUUAGUUGACAAUUGUUUAGUAAACGAAGAAAGCGUUAAAACAACUGUUCCGGAAAGUGAUGACGAAGUGAUCGAAGUGCCCAAUUGGCGACUCCAUCCGGUCAGCAGCUGUUACUCACUGGAGGGCACAGAGAAUUUAGACGACGAGGUCUUCAAUAGAAGACAUCUUAAGUUAGAGAACGACGAAAGACGGAGAAAAAGAUGGGAUAUACAGAGACUGCGAGAGCAGCGCCAGAACGAGAAGUUACGCACCGGUCGUUAUUAUAGCUCCAGUUUAACCAAUUGUGUCAAUAAUGACAAGUCAACUGAUCUCAAGAAGGAGUCGCAAGAAUUUACAUCUUUCUAUCCCGACAUUAAAAGCCUUCAAUCACUGGAAGUGACGGACAAAAUCCCGGUCAUAGCGUUCGGUCAUCCCAUUCCCAAACUGGCGCUCAAAUACUUUUCAUUGCCGUGGAAUCAAACGGAAAAGACUGAGAAAACGGAUGUAAAGUGUGAAAAGCACGAGAAACCGGCGCCCAAACCGCCGCCGCCUCCACUUCCAGCGCCCUCUGGCAGAGCCUCCAGAAGUACACCGCAAAAGAAGAGCUAAUUUACAAACAAAUAAACCGAAUCCGGGGUUAAGGUUAACACUAAUCGCUUAAAUAACUACUCAUUAAUUAAUUAAUUGUUUGAAACACUCAUUUCAUUUGUUUGACAUAAAAGCCCAUUAGUUUUCUCAUUGCAUUUACUCAUUAAAUUGUUGUAUAAAUAUUGAAUAAAUAGUUACUCAAUGUCUCAGAAACACAACUUAACAUUACAUUACAAUUCAAUGUUUGUUUCCAUCACUCUUUGACAAUACAUUAUAACGAAAACUUUAUAUUAAAUAUGACUUUUAUUCGAGAGUUUAGCCACAAAUUGUUACCAUAAUUAACUCAUCAAGUUUUUAGUGAACAAAAUUUGCUUUUUAUAUACGAAUUGACGAAUUUUUAGUGUGAUUUACCGG